AUGGAUACUCAAUAUUCAAUUCAAGAUAAUCGAAUAAAUGUUUUAUUUGAUCGUGCUUCCGAUAGUAAAAAAGAUCAACAAUUACGAAUAGAAGCUUUAAUUUCAUUUCAACAAAUAGUCGAAAAUGAAAAACAUCUUUUGGAACCCGGUUUAUUUCAAAUAAUUUGUGGAUUUUUAAAAGAUUCAAUGUUUGAGAUCAGAGAAUGGACUAUAGAUUUUUUAGAGUAUGCAUUCACUACUUGUGGUUUGAAUAGAUCUUUAUUAAAAGAUAGUUUAGGAAAAAUUUUACCUGCAGUAGGAUAUACAGUUAGUUUCGAAGAAUCAACAAACAUUGUUAAGAAGGCGAUUCUUUGGAAUGCUGGUGUUUAUCCUUUGAUUUACGAAAGAGUAUGUGAGAAUGCGUAUGAUGCAGAACAGCUUUGGAGUACAUCAAUAUCAAUUAAAUCACAAAUAAUGCGUUGUUUCGAUUCUCCGGGUACAAAACAAGGAAUCAAGAUUUGUGCCGUAAAAUAUUUGCAAUCAGUAAUAAAAGUUCAAUCACGUCAUGUUCAUGAUUCUCAGAUGACACCACAAAAUGCACAAAAUGAUAUUUCCUUAGCUUUAUGUCCAUCAUCACACCCAAUUUUGAAUCCUUUAAUGCUUGAGAAAGAAGCAAUUGCUAUAGUAAAUGGAUUAUACAAUUUAUUUGAUAAAGAAUCAAGUAGCGUAAUAACUGCUAUCAUAAACGCAUUAGGUCCUAUUUUUAGAUCCAGGCCACAAUAUAUUUAUCCAUUGAUUAAGAUAGUCAAAAAAUGGAAACAUAAUCCUCCGGAUCAUUUACAUGAAACUCCAUUUAAAAGUGUGAAAAAAGCUAUAAAAAUUCAAUUAACAUCACUUUUAAGAAUUCCAGUGUUUGAGUCUUCAUCAUUUGCGAAUGAAAUUUUCGACUCUAUACUUAUUUUGGGUGGUAAGAAUGAUCCAAUGAAAUUUCCAAGGCAAUAUCGACGACUUUUACAACAGAAAGAGGGGAUGGAAGAUGGUACUAGAAAUCCUAUGCAAAAGGUUUAUGGAGGUUCUCAACGUUCCGCACAAGGAUCAUCGAUGUUACCUAUUGAUCCUACACAAUUCGCAUUACCUUUCGUGGUUGAUAUAAUACAUUUGGCUUUACAAUCUAUUCCACAAGAAAGACUUAACCAAGCAAAACAGGUUCUACAACAACGUGAAGCGCGAUUAGCCGCCCUUCGGACUUUACCAACACCACCACCGACAAAUAAACAAGAGCGUAGAAGUCGUAAAACUCUUGAUCCACGCUUAGAGUUUGUUAGAGACGUAACACCUAAAUCUCCUUCUCCUCCUCCUGUCGUUAUGACAGAAGAUGAAAUGAUGCUUAUUAAAACUGAAUCUUCAAAUUCGACUCAAUCGGAAGAUUCAACAAUAAAACGUGAGUUUUCGCCUCCUAAUUUGUAUGAUGAUGAUAUGGAAAUUGAUGAUGUUGCCACAGUGGAUAUUGAAGUACCUCAAGAUCAACAAAUGGAUCGAUCCGACGUUGUUCUCACAACUUUAUCCAAUGGCAAAAGGAUGUCCAAAAGCCAAAUACAUUUAAUGGCUUCAAGAUUAUUAACAAGAGGUCUUGAUACCUCUCCUGAAAACUCAAAAAAAACAUAUGAUGAAUUAAGAGAAAUGUUUAUUCAAUACAUUCUUGAAGAUUUUAAAAACAGGACGGAAUUCGCGUUAACUUGGUUUGACGAAGAAUGGUAUCAUGAUUCCAUCAUUUUAUCAGAGGACCCAUCAUAUAAACCAAACUAUGUGACUUGGCUUAGUAGAUUACUUGAUAGAAUUAUGCCAACUCUUGAGGAUCGAAUUUUUUUUACUCAAUUCUUAUUAAAUGUUCCAGAAUUACAAGAAGAUAUUGUAGAUCGUAUAAAAAUAUUUUUGAAUGAUCCUGAUAGAACUCGAAGUUCAGCAAUUUCUACUGCAAACAAAUGGUUUCCUGAUCAUCCUACAAUAGGUCCGAAUAUUGAAUCAUUUGCAUUGCAAUCUAUAAAACAACUUCGUGAUGAGAGUCCACCUCCAUUAUUUGAUUAUCAUUAUCAUGUUGGUGGUGUUAAUGAUACAGCUAUGAAUACAGCUAUGAUUGAAGAUGAGGAUGAUCAAUUAAAGUGGAAUAAUAAUGAUGUUGAACGUCAUUUGGACUUAUUCCUUUCUCUAUGCUCAAAGAAAAGUGAACUAUUUGAUCAGUUACUUUCAAUAUAUGUCGAAACACCUGAAUCUAUGCAAAUAUUAAUUCGAAAAAAUGCACCAAAAAUGGUUGAAACAAUCGGAAUAAACGGACUAUUGCAUCUUUUUCAUACUUUUCCAGAAGGCGCUGAAGAUUUUGUUUUAAAGAUGUUGGUGUUAGUUAAUACUGCAAAAUCAGUAAUUACGGAAAAGAAUUUGGAAGGAAGGUUUCUUUUCCCUAUAAUUGCAUUUUUUGAAAAGGUAAUUGCUACACUUGAUGCAACAGAUAAGCAGCGAGAUAUUGUCAAGAAGGUGUUUCUAAAAAUUUUGACGCCGCCAUCAAAUGGUACUGCACCAAUGACACCGAGCGAGUUAUUAGUUUCAUUACAUCAAAUGGAUAAAGCUGGCAUUUCGUUGAAACAGUCGGUUGAAGCUAUCCAUAUAUGCUUCUUGUUACCUAAUGUAUUUAAUCAACAAACGUUGGGAACAGUGUUGCAGCAGUUAUUUAUACAAAGUGAGCUACCAACUACUUUUAUGAGAACGGUAACUUUGGCCGUAAGAGCUUAUCAUGCUUUGGGUGGAUUUGUGAAUGAAAUGCUAUCGAGACAUAUUUCACAGAUAUGGGAAAAUGAAGUUUUGCGUAAAGGAUUUAUUUUAUAUGUUACUGAAUUUUGCCUAAAGGUACAACCAAAUAAUUUUCGAUUUUUGUUGCAAUUACCGAAAGAAAAAAUUUUGGAUAUUUUGAAACAACGAGAUCAAACGUUAUCAAAAGCUUUAAAAAAAUAUAUAGAAAAUUUAAAACCUGAACAAAAAAGAACAAUUCCUCAAUUUUUAUUUGAUUUAUUAGAAAUUGGUACUUAG